UCUUGUUUUUGAGCAUAUGUUAUUUGAUACUGUUUGAUACCUUCUCACAGGAAAUGACUCAUCUGUUUCACUAGAUUCUCUGCCUCCACAGCUCAGGAAGAUCUGUGUAGUCCCAGAAAACAGCUCACAUAGCACCUUGUGCCAUUUGCCAUUAUCAGAACGGACUGACUCAGGAUUUGAUAGUUCUGCACAGUGAGAACAGUUUAGGGUUCUUCUUGCCGCAGUCUGCCCUCUCACAUGGGUACAGAUAGACAUGGAGAAACCCUGUACAGAGCUGUCAAAUCCUGCCAUCAGCAUCAUUGAAAAUGUGCUUCAUUUCAAAGCUCAGGGACACGGUGCCAAAGGAGACAAUGUCUAUGAAUUUCACCUGGAGUUCUUAGACCCUGUAAAACCAGAGCCGGUUUACAAACUGACCCAGAGGCAGGUAAACAUUACAAUACAGAAGAAGGUGCGUAACUGGUGGGAGAGACUUACCAAGCAGGAGAAGCGCCCAUUGUUUUUGGCCCCCGACUUUGAUCGCUGGCUGGAUGAGUCUGAUGCAGAAAUGGAGCUCAGAGCCAAGGAACAAGAACGCCUAAAGAAACUAAGACUUGAAAGCCAAGGCUCCCCUGAAGUUAUUGCAAAUUUGAGGAAAGGAUACCUGUUCAUGUAUAAUUUUGUGCAGUUCUUGGGAUUCUCCUGGAUCUUUGUCAACAUGACUGUGCGGUUCUUCAUCCUGGGAAAAGAGUCCUUCUAUGACACAUUCCACACCGUGGCCGACAUGAUGUAUUUCUGCCAGAUGCUGUCAGCUGUGGAAACUAUCAAUGCAGCAAUUGGAGUCAUCAAGUCACCAGUGAUACCAUGUCUUAUCCAGCUUCUUGGAAGAAAUUUCAUUUUGUUUAUCAUCUUUGGCACUGUGGAAGAAAUGCAAACCAAAGCUGUGGUUUUCUUUGUGUUUCUUACCUGGAGCGCGAUUGAAAUCUUCAGGUACCCCUUCUACAUGCUUUCCUGCAUUGACAUGGAUUGGAAGGUGCUCACAUGGCUUCGUUACACUGUGUGGAUACCCUUGUAUCCUCUGGGAUGUUUGGCAGAAGCUGUCUCGGUGAUCCAGUCCAUUCCAGUAUUCAAUGAAACAGGAAGAUUCAGUUUCACAUUGCCAUAUCCAGUGAAAAUCAAAGUUAGAUUUUCCUUUUUUCUUCAGAUUUAUCUCAUAAUAUUAUUUUUAGGGUUGUACAUAAAUUUUCGUCACCUUUAUAAACAGCGCAGGCGGCGCUAUGGACAAAAAAAGAAAAAGGUCCACUAAAAACAGACUGAGAUGAUUUCUUGCCAGUUUGAGCCUAAUCUAUAAUUCUUACAGUUUUACCUUCUUGUACUGAUGUAAAAGUUUUUUAAAAUUAAAUGAUUAAAUUCUCCCUUCCCCCCAUAACAUUCCUGAAUUUACUGUAUUAGUGUAGUACUUGCAUGACAGGGGUUCCUGGUAUCUGAUGACAGGUGUGUUCUUGUAUGUUCCAUUAGUGACCGCAGAAGACUCAGCCCUAGCCCCAAGCACCCCUUGUCGAGUCCCUGUCACGCGGGCCAGAUACACUGGCCAUUCUUAGAGCUGGGAUUUGUUCUUCUCAGCUAUUGCUUGUGAGAAAAAACCAACUGCUGCCUCUACAGGGGGCUGUGAAAGUGACUCAGGCAGGACCCAAUACAUUCUGUACCCAAGGAGUGGCUUGUUAAGUGGGGUGGCAUUGAUUUUUGGAAAAUCAAGUUCAACUCAUUCGAUAAAACAUUUCUGAGUCUGAGUGAAGGUAGAGAACACCCAUUACCUCUGAAUCUUUGAGCUUCUAACACCACCUGCCAUGUGCUUACCUGUGUGUGCACGGGAGAGGCACGGAAUGAUUUGGGAGAAACCGGUCAGAACCUUGAACACCAUGAUCACUUACUUCAUUCCUGGCUAAAUCAGAACUAUUUUCAAAACUAGAGAAAGAUGAAACAUUAGUUGGAAAACAAUGAGAUUAUAAGAGUUCCAAACCCAAAUGGCUACAGGGUGUCAGAAGGGUCAGACUGGGAGUAAGCGGCUGGUAGUGCAGGCUGUGGCAAACUGAGAGCAGACAGAGCAGACCUACGAAGUGGGCUCAGGCUGUACACAUGCAUAAGAACCUUGCUCUCAUCCUCUGUGCCAGCUGAGUCCAUUUACUUGUAUAUCUGUCAGAGUGACUGGUAGAACUGACCUCAAAAACACCUGCUUUACUCUUGUUUCACCUGUCUGUGGUCAGACAAUGAAAACAGAACUUUGGCUGGAGAAGCUUAACAAAGCUUCCUGGUAGGAAACCCACCAACAGAGGAACGGAGAAAAAUCCAGACACUGUAAAGUUUGGUCAUUGUCAAAAACAUUGUUUCCUCUACUACAUUCCAAGUUAACCAAGUAAAAUAUGUAGGGAGUAAUGCUUGUAUAAAAGAAUUUAAGAGCAUGAUAGCUCUUUCUGUUCUGCCAUUCCUGUUGUUCUUGGGGGAAAGGGGACUCAAUGAAUUAACGCUGUUUCUCUGAGCCCAAUAUGGAAACUUGGUUUGACCUAAAAACAUCUGAUUAGCAUAGGCUGUCUGGUUUUUUUUUUUCAAGUUCAUUGCACUGAGGGGUAUUUUGCAUGUCUGUAACUUCUGUCAACACUUGUUUGUGUUAACUUUUGUUCUUUCGAUUGACUUUCUAUGUUUAUUUGAACAGAUCAGCUGUGCAGUAUAUGCUGCAUCUUUGUGGCAGAAUCCUGUAUUCUUAGUGAUUGUUAUAAACUCCUUUAUUGCUGUCUAAGAAAGCAAAAGAUUGUGUAUUUCUAUUAAACAUUUACAGUCAAAAUCCUAA